UCCGGAGUAGUGGGGGUGGAUUCCGCUUACUGAGGAAAUAAAAUCUCGUAUAUUAUCAAAAAGUGAACAAAUAUACGAACAGAAUAUAUAUUGAUAGGUGGAUCCAGUGCCUAAUACACCAAGACUAAAUAGUUGGACACAACAUAUAUCAAUGGGUCAUGAUCCUAAUUUAAUAGUAUUGAUAUAUGGCUGCGAGAUAAGCAAAAAGACAAGUGUCAAUAGACAAUAGGGCAAGGUGAAUGCAAUGUUAAAACUGGAAGCAUUUUCUCCAUAAUCGCUAUAAAAUUUAAAGAUAAUAUAACAGUUAUAUAUAAAUUUUGACGAUUAGUCUAGAUUUAAUUAGGUUUAUAAUUUUCAUAUCAUAAUAAAUAGCUGAUAUGACCAAAGAAUGGAGAAGCCAUGCACGCAUGUUCACAUUGCAUUGGACACUAGGGUUUCUUUCAUGGUUGGUAGAAUUGGGUGAAGUUGGUUGGACAAAUCUCACAAAAAUCCAUUACACCGAAAAAAAAUUAUAAUUAUGCAGAUAUUAAGACGGAUAUUGUUUUAUAGACAAAGUAGUGUAGUCUAAAAGGAACAUUAAUAUAUACGCCGACAAAUAAUUUAUUAGACUCUACAGUUAACAUAUAAGCUCAUGACUACGUAAGUAUAUAUGUUAAAUCAUAAAAAAUGACAAUGUAUGCGUGGAUGAAAUUACCUUGAAUUGUCAAACUGUUAGCUGUAAUAAGAAACAGUUGAAAAAGACUACCGCGGCUGCUUCUCCCUCAAGGUCAGUAUUUGGUAGUGUACACAAAUCAUUUUCUAAUUUUAAUAUAUAGUUUAGUUAUAUAUGUGAUAUAUUAAUUAUAUAAACCCCAUCUAUGUCACAGUAUUGAAAAUCUUUUUGCUGUCAAUCAUCUUUGUUCUCUUCAAGGGAGCCAGAGAGGCCUUUUUAUUUGCUGUCUCUAAAUUAUAUUUGUCAAUAGAGAAUACAAAGAAAUGGAAGAAAAUCUUCCUCCAGGGUUCAGAUUUCAUCCUACAGACGAAGAGCUUAUAACACAUUAUCUUUGUCGGAAAGUCUCCGAUAUUGGAUUCACUGCUAAAGCUGUCGUCGACGUUGAUCUCAACAAGUGUGAACCUUGGGAUCUGCCAGACAAAGCUUCAAUGGGAGAGAAAGAGUGGUACUUCUUCAGUCUACGAGACCGGAAAUAUCCAACCGGUUUAAGGACAAACCGAGCAACUGAAGCCGGUUAUUGGAAAACCACUGGUAAAGAUAAAGAUAUAUACCGAAGUGGAGUACUGGUAGGGAUGAAGAAAACCCUAGUUUUCUACAAAGGAAGAGCUCCAAAGGGUGAGAAAAGCAAUUGGGUUAUGCAUGAGUAUAGGCUUGAGAACAAACAACCCUUCAAACCCGCUAAGGAGGAAUGGGUAGUGUGUAGGGUUUUCCAAAAGAGCACAACAACAAAGAAACCACAGGAACAACAACCAGACUCAUCUUUUGGAUCUCCAUGCGAUGCAAACUCAUCCAUGGCAAACGAGUUUGAAGAUAUCGAGCUUCCAAAUCUGAACUCAAACUCAUCAACCGUUGAUUACAAUAAUAUUCAUCAACAAUAUUCUCAAAACAACGUUUAUUCCGACAAUACUACAAGUACGGCUGGUCUCAACAUGAACAUGAACAUGAACAUGAACGUGAACAUGGCUAAUCUUCCGGCUUGGACAACAAGUCUACUUGGUCCGCCUUUAUCUCCAAUCAACUCUUUGUUGCUCAAGGCUUUCCAAAUUAGGAACUCUUAUAAUAUCAAUCCUUCUCUUCUUCAACAAGGAGUCUCCAAUGUUAUGCAAGAUGGUUCGAGUUCAUCUCAGCCGCAACCGCAAGAUGAAGCGUUUAAUAUGGACUCCUUGUGGUGAAGAGAUUCAAAACCACAUAUAUAUUUGAAUUUCUUAUUAACUAGUUUUCAUGUAAUCUUCAUCAAUUUCAAUUGUAUCACUAAUUAUACACACAUAGAUCUUCUAAUGAGGUCAAGUAAAUUAAUUAUAGUGCAUCUUUUAUGUGAAAUAGUGAUAGUAUGGAAAAGUUUACCGUAUAUGCCAUGUCCUUUCAUGUUUAUAGGUUAUAUCGACUUUUAUAAACCAAGUAAUGUCUUA